AAGAAAAAUGUACGGUAAAGCGGCAAUUUGUUUAGCAUUGGCGAUCAUCUUCUUGGUUUCAUGUUCAAUCUAUAUCGGCAACGUUGAUAUCAGGUCAUACUUCUUUUCUUUACAGUCGGCGCAGCGCUCAAUCUGUGCUACCGGUCGUCCUCUCCGGGUUUACAUGUACGACCUCCCUCGGAAAUUCAACGUCGCCAUGAUGGGUCGCCGGUACGCCGAGGAAGCGGGUCCGGUGAUCAUGGAGAACUUGCCGUUGUGGCCCGCCAAUGGAGGGGUAAGGAGGCAACACAGCGUGGAAUAUUGGCUGAUGGCGUCGCUGCUUUACAACGGCGAAGGAGAAGAGAGGGAGGCGGUUAGGGUUUCGGAUCCUGAAACCGCGGACGCCUUUUUCGUGCCCUUUUUUUCUUCGUUGAGUGUUAAUACGCACGGACAUAACAUGACGGAUCCUGAGACGGAGGUCGACCGCCAAUUACAGGGCGAGUUAGUGGAAUUCUUGCGACAAUCCAAGUACUAUCAAAGGUCUGGAGGCAGAGACCAUGUAAUUCCCAUGACACAUCCAAAUGCUUUCAGGUUUCAUCGACAGCAGUUGAAUGCAUCUAUUCUUAUUAUUGUAGAUUUUGGUCGCUACCCCAGAAACAUGUCAACUCUAAGCAAAGAUGUAGUUUCCCCCUAUGUACACGUGGUGGAAUCCUUUACAGAUGAUGACCCUCUAGACCCAUAUGAGAAUCGAACUACCCUUAUUUUCUUCAGGGGAAACACUGUCAGGAAAGAUGAAGGCAAAAUUCGAGUCAAACUCGCUAAGAUAUUGAAUGGCAUUGCUGAUGUUCACUACGAAAAGAGUGCAGCAACCCCAUCUAACAUUAAAAUGUCAACAAAGGGAAUGCGCUUGUCGAAAUUCUGUCUGCAUCCUGCUGGGGACACUCCAUCAUCUUGCCGACUAUUCGAUGCGAUUGUGAGCCAUUGUGUUCCGGUGGUUGUCAGCGACAAAAUCGAGCUUCCCUUCGAGGACGAAAUCGAUUACACCGAAUUCUCAAUUUUCUUCUCCAUGGAAGAAGCAUUAAAGCCGGGUUAUUUGGUCAAUAAACUGCGCCAAUUUCCAAAGGACAGAUGGGUUGAAAUGUGGAAACGGCUUAAGCAGAUUUCCCAUCAUUACGAAUUCCAGUACCCUCCAAAGAAGGAAGAUGCGGUGUAUAUGUUAUGGAGACAGGUAAAGCACAAGCUUCCCGGGGUCGAACUUGCUAUACAUAGGAAUAGAAGGUUGAAAAUUCCAGAUUGGUGGCGGCGGAAGAGAUGAUCUCAUAUUCUUGGUUUUUAUGAUACUGCAAAUCACUAUCUUUUUUUUUUCUUCUCUCCUCAUUUUUUGUAAUAUCUCAAUGCGGGAAACAAAGAAAGGCAGGUAGGAAGUCACAAGCCAACAUCAUGGGUCAACUUUACCAAGCUCAUGAACCAGAGUUUUACCAGUAUACUGGUGACUGGUGAG